AUGGUAGAAACUACUUUAGAAAGUUUAAAACAAUUUUCAAGAAGUUCCCUUAUAGUUUAUGAAGCAGCAAAAAAGUUUUCAAAUUGGGCUAAUAAUUAUUUCGAUCAUGAAAAUAUUAAAAUAACGGUUCAAGAUAAUUUUCCGGAAAUAAAAAUAAGUAAAAGUAAAAUAAUGGAUGGAGAUCCUGAUAAAGAAUAUUCACCACCUAGUGCUUAUCAAAAUGUUGUUGUCGAUGUAUAUAAUGUUACAUUUGAUACACUAAUCAAUAGUAUGGAAAUAAGAUAUUUUAGCAAUAGUAAAUUUCCUGCCGAUUGUGCUUUUUUACAACCUAGCAGAUUCAAUGAAAAAAUUCCCGAAGAAGCAUUUACAAAAUUAGUUGAGCAUUUAGUAAAUCGCGACGAGAGUAUAACAAAAGCUAACUUGUUAUAUGAACUACAAGACUUUUAUUCAAAAUGGGACCGUCUAAAAUUAACACUUCACGAAGAGUACGGAUUUGAUAAUUUUAUUGACGAGGAACAGCAAUUAGAACUAAAAGAAAGCAUUAACAAUUCUAAUUUAGAAAUUGAAAAAAAAUCGUCAAUAUUAUGUAAUAAAAUUAAAGCAAUAAGAAAUUCAUUGAGCCAUGAUCAUUUAGAAUCAUUUAUGCUUAUGUCAGCUGAAUCUGAUAUUUUGAUGGCGUUGGAUAAUGAAAUCAUAAUCGACACACUUUCGCAAAAGAGCUCAAACCUAAACAAAUUGCUUAAUAUGUAUAAUUAA